CCCACGCAGUCUCCCAUUCAAAAGAUGCCGAAGGGGCGGCGCGGCAGCCAGAGCCCUACCAUGAGCCAGCGGCCGGCCCCGCCCCUCUACUUCCCUUCCCUCUACGAUCGUGGCAUCUCCUCGUCCCCGCUCAGCGACUUCAACAUCUGGAAGAAGCUCUUCGUGCCGCUGAAGGCGGGCGGGGCGGCGGCGGGCGGGGCGGUGGCGGGGCGGCCCCUGACCCAGGCACCCCAGGUUCCGGCACCUCCGCCGCCGCCACCCGGCCUGGGGCCUCCCAGCGAGCGCCCCUGGCCUCCGCCCUGGCCCUCCGGCCUGGCCUCCAUCCCCUACGAGCCUCUGCGCUUCUUCUAUUCGCCACCGCCGGGGCCGGAGAUGGCUGCCUCGCCACUGGGCCCCGGCCCCACGACCCCCCGGGUCGCCUCCGCCUCCCACCCCGAGGAGUUGUGCGAGCUGGAGAUCCGGAUUAAGGAGCUGGAGCUGCUCACCAUCACUGGGGACGGCUUCGACUCUCAGCGCUAUAAAUUCUUGAAGGCACUGAAAGAUGAAAAGUUACAAGGACUGAAGACAAGGCAGCCUGGAAAGAAGUCGGCCUCUCUCUCCUGAAGAGCUGCCCACCAGAGCCUGGGCAGCCACCUCCUUAGGUGUUAGUGCUUAGAUAAUGUGUCCCGUUUAUUGUCAUUUCAAAGAUCGUUAUUUUCUGUUCUGUAUUUACCUCUGUUCUCACUGCUCCCAGCAUGUGCUCCACAUACAGUGCCCACUUGUGGGGUAAAUCUCA